AUGAUCCCUGCUUGUUUCAGCCAACCCAACACACCAUCAAGCUCAGGUAUUUCCCAACAGUUACAAAACGUUGUAACACGCAUAUACCAAACACAACUUUGCAAUAACAACAAUAACACAACGUGCCUCACUCUAAGCUGGUCAAGAACACUUUUUUCUCAUUCUUUAACCAUUUAUGCACCACAGACAUUCUCCAUAACCAUACCUCUAAGGCCACCAACUUUCCCAUUCUUCAGAACAAGACCAGGAUCGAAAUCCAUCUACCUCGCCGGGCGGAAACAGAAGCCAUCACAGAAGAUCAAGAUUUACUGGGAUUUCUCCAAUGCAAGAUUCUUCCAGAACCAUGCUGAGCCAGAGUCAUGCUUCUACCUAGCAAUAUGGUGCAAUGGAAGGCUUGAAUUAUUUCUUGGUGAUCUCAUUCAGAAUCAACAAGCACCCUGUGAUCAGGUUCUGCUUUCCAGAAGAGAGCAUGUGUUUGGAACAAUGAGUUAUGUGUCAAGGGGUGUGUUCUUGGGUUCUAAACAUGAGAUAGAGAUUGAGUGCAUCAAUAAUGGAGGGGUGUUAAGAGUGAAAGUGGACGGUGAAGUUUGCUUGGUUGUGAAGAGGCUUGCAUGGAAGUUCAGAGGGAAUGAGAAGAUCUUCAUUGAUGGGGUAGAAGUUGAGUUCUAUUGGGAUGUGCUGCGUUGGGUGGUUAAUAAUAGCAAUGGUGGAAAUGGGAAUAAACAUGGCCAUGGUGUGUUUGUGUUUCAAGUUGGUGAUGGUGCUGUAUGGCCUGAAAUGGUGGGUCCAGAGAAAAGGUUGAUGAGGAAGAGCUUGCCCGGAAGCACUACGGUGGGGGCACCGUCGGUGCUGCCAUUGCUGUCGCCGGCGUUGAGUUCAGGAGUGUUGCAGUGGGCAGAGGAGAGUAGUGAUGGAGGGCGGAGCUCAUGUUCUUCAUCAACAAGGUCUUGUGGUGGUAAUGGUAAUGGUGGUGGGUUCUCUUUGUUGCUCUAUGCUUGGAGAAUAGAAUAA